AUACAGAUAGAUUAAUCAACUAAUAUAUACUAUUAAAUAUAAAUACACAAAGUUAUAAACUAGUUUCAAAUGUUGAAAAUGUGGUCGAUUGCACCUUUUCAUGUCGUCAUCAAAAAGUGACGGGAUUCCCCGGAAAUAAGGAGAGUUUCAUUUUUUUUUGCAGAACUGCGUUGAUUGCUGGAAAGAAACAUGUCUGGCAGUUUCUAUUACGUCAUGGUUGGUCAUCAUGACAACCCAGUCUUUGAAAUGGAGUUCUUGCCUGCUGGUAAAGCUGAGUCAAAGGAUGACCACCGGCAUCUGAACCAGUUCAUUGCACAUGCAGCUCUCGACUUGGUGGAUGAAAACAUGUGGCUGUCUAACAACAUGUACCUGAAGACUGUGGACAAGUUCAAUGAGUGGUUUGUCUCUGCCUUUGUCACCGCAGGACAUAUGAGAUUCAUCAUGCUUCAUGAUGUACGACAAGAAGACGGAAUCAAAAACUUCUUUAAUGAUGUGUAUGAUUUAUACAUUAAGUUUGCAAUGAAUCCUUUUUAUGAAACCAAUGCUCCAAUCCGGUCGACGGCAUUUGACAGAAAAGUGCAGUUCCUUGGAAAGAAGCACCUCUUGAGCUAAUGAACCAACCUGAUUUCUGCACCUUUUUUUACUUUGUUCAUCAUACACAUCAUCGGUCUACGAUCACCUGUUGGUUGUGUUUUGAUAAAUUCACUGUAUUACUUGCUUUAUUCUUACCAACCACAGUAUAAAAGACAGCAUUGGGAAGUGUUUUAUAAUGAAUUAAUGGCAUGUGUGAGUGUUACCAGCAUUUUGUUGCCUAGUUUGAUAAUAGUGACAUGGUCUCUGAGGUCUAGUUUGAUAAUAGUGACAUGGUCUCUGAGGUCUAGUUUGAUAAUAGUGACAUGGUCUCUUGAGGUCUAGUUUGAUAAUAGUGACAUGGUCUCUGAGGUCUAGUUUGAUAAUAGUGACAUGGUCUCUGAGGUCUAGUUUGAUAACAGUGACAUGGUCUCUGAGGUCUAGUUUGAUAAUAGUGACAUGGUCUCUGAGGUCUAGUUUGAUAAUAGUGACAUGGUCUCUGAGGUCUAGUUUGAUAAUAGUGACAUGGUCUCUGAGGUCUAGUUUGAUAAUAGUGACAUGGUCUCUGAGGUCUAGUUUGAUAACAGUGACAUGGUCUCUUGAGGUCUAGUUUGAUAAUAGUGACAUGGUCUCUGAGGUCUAGUUUGAUAAUAGUGACAUGGUCUCUGAGGUCUAGUUUGAUAAUAGUGACAUGGUCUCUGAGGUCUAGUUUGAUAAUAGUGACAUGGUCUCUGAGGUCUAGUUUGAUAAUAGUGACAUGGUCUCUGAGGUCUAGUUUGAUAAGUGACAUGGUCUCUGAGGUCUAGUUUGAUAAUAGUGACAUGGUCUCUGAGGUCUAGUUUGAUAAUAGUGACAUGGUCUCUGAGGUCUAGUUUGAUAAUAGUGACAUGGUCUCUUGAGGUCUAGUUUGAUAACAGUGACAUGGUCUCUGAGGUCUAGUUUGAUAAUAGUGACAUGGUCUCUGAGGUCUAGUUUGAUAAUAGUGACAUGGUCUCUGAGGUCUAGUUUGAUAAUAGUGACAUGGUCUCUUGAGGUCUAGUUUGAUAAUAGUGACAUGGUCUCUGAGGUCUAGUUUGAUAAUAGUGACAUGGUCUCUGAGGUCUAGUUUGAUAAUAGUGACAUGGUCUCUGAGGUCUAGUUUGAUAAUAGUGUCAUGGUCUCUGAGGUCUAGUUUGAUAAUAGUGACAUGGUCUCUGAGGUCUAGUUUGAUAAUAGUGACAUGGUCUCUGAGGUCUAGUUUGAUAAUAGUGACAUGGUCUCUGAGGUCUAGUUUGAUAAUAGUGACAUGGUCUCUGAGGUCUAGUUUGAUAACAGUGACAUGGUCUCUGAGGUCUAGUUUGAUAAUAGUGACAUGGUCUCUGAGGUCUAGUUUGAUAAUAGUGACAUGGUCUCUGAGGUCUAGUUUGAUAAUAGUGACAUGGUCUCUUGAGGUCUAGUUUGAUAAUAGUGUCAUGGUCUCUGAGGUCUAGUUUGAUAAUAGUGACAUGGUCUCUGAGGUCUAGUUUGAUAACAGUGUCAUGGUCUCUGAGGUCUAGUUUGAUAACAGUGACAUGGUCUCUGAGGUCUAGUUUGAUAACAGUGACAUGGUCUGUAUGAGCUAGACCUUGAAUGAGCUUGGUUAAAACAUGUAUAUUUAUAUUUAGU